UCUUUUUGCCGAGUGCUUGAGUUUCAGUAGCGUUUACUGGACACUUUACCGUAUCAAAACUUCAUCAUAACUGACUCAAGAAUGUUUAUUAACUUUUCAUAGAUAUUUUAUCAAUAUGUACUUUGUCGUAUAGGUACCGUACUUUUAAUCGUGCUUAAACUUGAGAUUUGGAUUACGGUACUCAUGCAACUCAAAUAUUUGAAGACUAUUGUAACUGCUCAGGAUGGACCAGCAAAAAUCAUGGCUAUUGCAUGGGCUCCAAAUAACUUAAAGUUGGCAGUUUGCAAUUCUGAGAGAGUUAUUGUCUUGUUUGACGAACAUGGUGAGAAAAGGGAUAAAUUCCCCACAAAACCAGCAGAUUCAAAGAAUGGUCGAAAGAGUUAUUUCGUUAAAGGCUUAGCGUUCUCCCCAGAUUCUACAAAACUGGCGGUUGGUCAAACAGAUAACAUUAUCUACAUUUACAAAAUUGGAGAUGACUGGGGUGACAAGAAAGUUAUUUGUAACAAAUUCGUGCAACAGUGUCCAGUGACAUGCUUGAUCUGGCUGACAGAAGGACCAAUCAUCUACGGCCAGACUGAUGGCAAAGUGAGAGCCGCUCAUGUCAAGGCCAACAAAACGCAAACCCUCUUCGCUACCAACUCCUAUGUCGCAUCUCUUGCAUCAAAUGUUCGUGGAACUGGGUUUCUCUCUGGACAUGCUGAUGGAACAAUAGUUCGUUAUUACAUAGCAGAAGAUCCUGCAAUGGAACAACAGGGAAGAUUGUUGGUCCAUCCAGUGCCACCCUAUGCUUUGGCCUGGCCAAUAGGAUUUGUCGUAGCUGCGGGUUGUGACAGGAAAGUGACGAUCUAUGAUCGAGAUGGCAGACAAAGUAAACAGUUCGACUACCCAAACGAGAAAGAAUUCGAGACAGCCUGCUGCAGUCCCAGUGGCCAAGCAGUAGCUGUGGCCAGCUAUGAUCGAAUACGUGUCUAUGCGUGGAGUCCUCGGAAGUGUUGUUGGGAGGAGGAGCCGGCCAAAGAGAUUGCAGACAUGUACAGCAUCGGCGCUUUGUCCUGGAAGCGGGACGGCUCUAGGAUCGCAGGUGGCGGUCUGUGUGGAUCUGUUGAGCUUUUCGAGUCUGUUCUCAAGCGAACAGUUUGGAAGAAUAAAUUCGAAAUGACUUAUGUGGGUCCAAGUCAAGUAUUAGUGAAGCCAAUGAAUAGUGAUGCUCGAGGAGUGAUUCUCAAGUCCCAAUAUGGACAUGAGAUUGAUGACGUACGUAUUAUGGGUGCAGACAGGUAUCUACUGGCCAGGACUCCUGACACUCUCUUAUUAGGUUUGUAUUUAUUUAUUAUAUUUUUUUGUUUAUCUAAUGAUGUGAUAGAAUUUUGUUUUAAAUUCUACAGGACAGAAUUUAUGAAUCCGCAUUUGAUAAGUGUUCGUUUGAAUGAGAGAAGACAACUCAAUUCACCUGAGGAUAACAAAAAACUGGCCUAUCUUCUUGAUAUGAAAACCAUCAGCAUAGUCGAUCUUAUUUACGGAAUGACAAUCCUGCAAAUAUCACAUGAUUCGAAGAUAGAUUGGCUGGAGCUGAACGAAACUGGACACAAAUUGCUGUUUAGGGAUAAGAAAAUGCGACUUACACUUCUGGAUACACGUUCAGCGGAAAGACAUUCCAUUCUCAGCUACUGCACAUUCGUUCAGUGGGUGACAGGCAGUGAUGUGGUAGUGGCGCAGUCGAGGAACAAUGCAUGUGUUUGGUACAACAUCGACAAUCCUGAUAGAAUCACAUCUUUCACUAUAAAAGGCGAAAUUUUCGAUGUUGUCAGAAAUGAGGGAAAAACUGAGAUCUUGACGCAGGACGGAACACAUCAGAUGGGCUACGAGCUGGACGAAGGUCUGGUUGAAUUCGGCACGGCCGUGCAUGACAGUGACUUUGGCCGGGCCGUGCUGUUCCUGGAAAGUGUGUCCCGGCCGGAGGCGGAGGGCAUGUGGCAGAACCUUGCCGAAAUAGCGCUGCAGCUGCACAACUUGACGGUUGCCGAGAGAUGCUAUGCUGCUUUGGGCGACAUUUCUCGAACUUAUUACCUGCGUGAAACCUUGAAAAUAGCUCAGGAUUUUGCCAAGCAGAAUGGUGGAGAUGGAAUGGACUGUCCAGAAGUGUGGGCUCGAAUGGCUAUUCUGAACAAACAACUGAAAACAGCGGAAGCCAUUUAUUUGGAACAGAAUGAGUUGGAAAAAGCACUGGAUAUGUAUAAAAAUCUGCAUAAAUGGGAUGAAGCCAUAGAGCUUGCUGAAAUGAAAGGAUACCGCGGCCUGAAAGAGCUGCAGGCGAAGCACAUGCAGUGGCUGAUGGAGACCCGGCAGGAGGAGAAGGCCGGCGAACUGAAGGAGAAGGCAGGAGACCUGGGAGCCGCCCUCAAUCUCUAUCUCAAGGCAGGCCUCGCAUCCAAAGCAGCCAGACUGGUGCUGAGCGAAAGAGACUUGUUGGCCAAUGAAGAUGUAGUUUCGCGGGUUGUGUCAGCGCUGACAAAGGGAGAACAUUUCACACAGGCUGGCCAGCUCUAUGAAGCUAUCAAGGGAACUGACAAAGCUCUUGAAUGCUACAGAAAAGGCCAUUCCUACUCGAAAGCUGUUGAGCUGGCUCGUUCAAACUCUCCAAAAGAGGUUGUGAAUCUGGAAGAGGAGUGGGGAGACUACCUAGUGAGCAACAAGCAGAUGGAUGCUGCCAUCAACCAUUACAUUGAGGCUGGCAAAACUGUGAAAGCACUAGAUGCAGCCAUGGGUGCAAGACAGUGGAAGAAAGCUGUUCAAAUUAUACAGGUAAUUGAUGACCCCAGCCUUGUUGAACAGCACUACGGCCAGUUGGCCCGACAUUUCGCACUAAUGAAAGAUUUUCGACUCGCAGAGCAGCUUUACAUGCAAGCCAGUCUCCAUAAGGAAGCAAUUGAUAUGUACAACAAUUCAGGUAACUGGGAGAAAGCCUACAGCUUGGCUAAUCGGUUUCUAGAGCCUGAGCAAGUGACAAAGAUGUUCAUCAAACAAGGACAAUCUCUAGAACAGAUUGGAAAACUGAAAGAUGCAGAAAAGCUGUAUGUGGCUGUCAAGCAGCCUGAUCUUGCCAUCUCCAUGUAUAAAUCUCAACGUCAGUUUGAACAGAUGAUGAGACUGGUGACAGAAUACCACCCAGAGUUGGUGUCGACGACGCACAUGCACCUAGGCCAGCAAAUGGAGGCGGAGGGGAACUACAAACUGGCUGAAACACAUUACAUAGCAGGAGCUGAAUGGAAACUCGCCGUUAAAAUGUACAGAGGAAUUGAUAUGUGGGAAGAUGCUCACAGGAUAGCAAAGCUUAAUGGAGGAGAGCAGGCUGGACAACAGGUUGCUUUUCUGUGGGCCAAAUCAUUGGGAGGCGACUCUGCGGUUAAACUAUUGAACAAAUUCGAUCUGGUCGAGUCUUGCAUCGACUACGCUUGUGACAGUUAUCAGUUUGACUUUGCAUUCGAUCUAGCCAGAUCUGGAAUGAAAUCGAAAAUGGCAGACAUCCAUUGCAAAUAUGCCAUGGCACUUGAGGAUGAUGGCAAGUUCGAAUUGGCUGAGAAAGAAUUUGUGAAAGCUAUGAAACCUAAAGAAGCUGUUUUAAUGUAUAUUCACAAUCAAGAUUGGGAGAAUGCUGAAAGGGUUGCUGAACAACACGAUGAACAAUCGAUGAGUCUAGUUCUGCUGGGACAAGCCAAGGAGGAAUUUAGUAACAAGAAUUUCGCUAAAUUUGAGUCUCUCUUGUUACGUGCUCAUAGACCCGAACUCAUAAUAAAGCAUUAUCAAGACUGUGGAAUGUGGGUGGAUGCACUGCGAGUGUGCCGCGAAUACCUUCCGUCGCAAAUGGCGCAACUUCAGGCCGAGUAUGAGCGUCAAGUGGGUUCGCGAGGCCUCCGUGACGUCAGCACCAUUCUCAACCAGGCACAGCAGUGGGAGCAGAGUGGCGAAUUCAAAACAGCCAUCGACUGCUAUUUGAGGGUGAACAAGAACAACUGCAAAGACCCAGCUACCAUCAUCAAAGCUUUGACCGAAGCUGCGAAUAUAAUCACAAAGUAUUUAGAUAAUGAGGAAGCUUAUAAUCUCGCUAAGAUUGUAGGUCCACGACUGGUCGAGGUGAAGCAGUACAAUCUGGCUGCACAGGUCUAUUUAGCUGUCGAUAUGAUCAAAGAAGCCAUUGAUACCUUUAUUCUCGCUGAUGAAUGGUCGAAAGCCAAGAAAAUAGCUCAUGAGCUGGAGCCAUCAUAUGAGUCGUAUGUGGAUAGUUGUUACAAGGAAUCUUUAAAGAAACAAGGCAGUGCCGACCAGUUGGCUGAUGUAGACAUAAUAUCAGCUUUGGACUUAUUAUCGGAACAAGGACAGUGGACUAAAUGCCUGGAGACUGCCAAACCGCAUGGGCCUGAAGUACUUCAUAAAUAUGUAGCGCUCUAUGCUACUCAUCUCAUCAAGGAAGGAUAUUCGUUGAAAGCACUGAGUCUGUACGUGCAGCUGGAUGCUCCUCCAUUCCCUCAGAACUACAACAUCUAUAGGCGGAUUGCAACCGACAUUCUGGCAAUGCCUGGACUUGACGGUCCCGAUGCUUUCGAGCACUGGGCACAUCUGCGAGACAUGCUCUAUGGCCUGGUUAGUGCCAAUUUGAACUUCAAUUAUUUUCUUCCCAUCGCAAGUACUACUAGAGCUAAUUUUAUAACGUCUAAUAUUUAUGCUGGGUUGCCAUGUAAUUUUAUUCAGGAAGGAUAUUCGUUGAAAGCACUGAGUCUGUACGUGCAGCUGGAUGCUCCUCCAUUCCCUCAGAACUACAACAUCUAUAGGCGGAUUGCAACCGACAUUCUGGCAAUGCCUGGACUUGACGGUCCCGAUGCUUUCGAGCACUGGGCACAUCUGCGAGACAUGCUCUAUGGCCUGACGGAGAGCAUGAGAUCGACAACGGACGGUGGGGGAGCGACUCAUGUGGAGUUGGACACACUGAUGCGCAUAAGUCACUACUACGCGGUGCGCACCGCAUGUCGACCCAUCAAGGCACUCGAGGAAAUCGUCUGUAGGAUAUCCAUCGCUCUACUGCGGCAUUCCGACAUCAUUCCAGCUGACAAGGCUUACUAUGAGGCUGGCAUCGAGGCCAGGAAUGUAGGGCGAGAAAGUGAGGCAUUUGUUUUGCUGAAUCACUACUUGGAUGUGGUUGAAGCGAUUGAGGAAGGCAGUCCGGAUCUGCUCGACCAUUCCGACUUCAGCAACACUGACUUUCCAGCUGAAAUAGCUCUGCCAGCAACUCCCUACCUCGACAACCAACAGCACGAAGCGAUCAAAGAGUGGGUGCUGGCCAUAUCGAUGGAUCAGAACGUUGACCAGGUGCUACCAGUAGAUGACAGGAACCUGUACGAGUCAUCAUUGGGCAGCGCUGACUCAGCAUCGGCAGCCGCAGUUGCGUGCAUUGUGACCGGAUAUCCGGUUGUGGGUGUGGCCAGUGGGUCACGUGGUCAGUCAGCUGUUCAGUUCAAACGACCCGGCUGCGCCGCCAACAAAGACGACUGGAACAAGUUGACAAUGGCUGCCAAAAUGGCUCCGACCAAUACAGCAUUGGCUGAUGUUGUUCGAUUUAUUGGAGAAUUUUGUGGUGCGAACACCAAUUUCUCUUUUAUUUAAAUUAUUAAAUAAUUUCCGUCAAUAUGA